GGGCCUUGCGAGCGCGGGAGGAAAGAGAAAAGGGGUCCCGAAGAUUCCACGGCCAGAACGUGGGGAGUAUAGUGCGCGUGCGUAGAAGGACGAGUCUCUCUUGUGCGGUUUGCACGUGUGAAGGCGGCGCCGUCUCUUCUUUCUCCCCAAAUUGUAAUUGGGGCAAAAGCGAAACGUGUGAAGACUGAGGACGCAUGGAGUGAGCGUGCAGCGAGGGGUCCAUGGCUGAAGUGCACGUGAUUGGUCAGAUUGUGGGAGCCAGUGGAUUCCCAAGCAACAGCCUCUUUUGCAAAUGGGGCAUCCACACAGGUGGUGCCUGGAAACUUCUGUCGGGGCUCCGGGAGGGUCAGACGCAAGUUGACCACCCCCAGUUUGAUAACGUGGCCUACUGGUCUCACCCCAUCGACGUCCACUUUGCCACCAAAGGCUUGCAAGGCUGGCCCAAACUCCAUGUCCAGGUGUGGCACCAAGAUUCCUUCGGGCGCAGCGAACUGUACGGCUACGGCUUCUGCCACGUGCCUUCGAGUCCCGGCUUCCACCCGCUGGACUGCGUGACCUGGCGCCCCCUGGGAUCCUGGCAGGAACAGUUCUCCCAGCUCUUCGUGGGUGGGGGCCCCCAGUUGCUCAACAGCGACCUGAUCUACACAGGGGCCGACCGCUACCGCCUGCAGACCCGUGCUAUGGGCACUGUCCACUUGCAGCUGGCUGUUCUCCUGCGUAACUUUGACCGCUACGGCGUUGAGUCCUGAGCCCCAGGGUCUUCCUGCUGUGCCGUGCCUUCCUGGGGUGGGAGUCUGGCUCCUCCCUUUUGACCAAAGGCCAGAGAUGCUCCCUCGUUGGGAAGGAAAGUCUUCAGCUGCGGCACCAGUUCCGGGACGGGUUGAUUGACGGGUCCACAGACCAAUGGGAGGUCUAAUGCACGGCUCGUAGUCAGGGCGGGCCAGGACUCCGGGGUUCUCUUCUUGACUGCAUGAGCAAUGCACACUGCAGACUUUAGACAGGCGUCCUCAUGUGCCUUUUAGGGCCUAAAGGAGUUCGUUCCGGGGGUCUUACAGUGGGACAGAACAAAGCUCGGCUGGGUGUUCAGCUCUGAGGAGCAGCGAGCAAAGUUGUGAUCUUGUUGAUGAGGUUUUCUGUUCUCUUUGUUACUGCUGUUCUCUGCAUUGCAAAGUACAUCAACCCAAUUUCUGUGUGUGCAUUAAAUGGGCU